ACCCAAAAGAUAAAGAACGCAUAAGGAGAGAAUCAACCCCAUGUCCGCAGCCCGCCGCUCUCCCAGUCCACCGGCGCGGCGGAUGCAGUCCUUUGAUUUGGAAAACGACAUGAACCGGCAGGACGGCAUGCACUUACCCCCAACGAAAUCGCCGGUUUUAUCCCGCCUAUCCACGACUUCCAACCUGCUUCUCUCGGAACGCGAGCGAUCGCCCAAACGGUCCCUGAUUGAAUCGCCCCGGAUUGCCGGCCCGAUUGACAAGGCGGACACGGGUAUGAGCUGUUGUUCAACACUGCAAUGUAGUCGAACUGGGUUUGGGGGGAUUUUUAAUACGUUAGUAUACUUGUAGAUCUACUACGUAGAAGUUCAUGCCAGUCGUGCAUGUGAGCGCUCCAUUUGUUUGCAAACAAAUCGCGGCCCGCGCAGCGAAGCGAGCAUGGGAAGCUUUUUCGCUCUUCUUACCUCAUCCUGAGCCCGGCAUAAGAAGCCAUGUUCUGCACGAGCCGGAGCCGACGGCAUGUUUUCGUGUGAGACGUGAAUCCUGUAGUUGUGAAUGUGAUUGUUGCGAAAAGUAGACGAAGCACAUAGAGCAACUAAAACUAUGCAUGAUGCUUCCUCCAGACCCAGUCAGCUUGUGUUUUUUUUUGCAGCUCAUAACAACCCGGAUUCUGGAGUUAAAAAACGAAGAAUUGGAGAAGAAAGACAAGGAGUUACAGCGUUUGCAGCACCUUUUAUCCGAGAAAGACACGAUCCUGGCGGGCAAUGAGCAGAAAAUUCGCGAACUGGCGUUAUCGCAUCUGGGUCAGCAGGACAGCGACAGUCUGCGAUUAACGCGGCACUUUCCGGAAAUGGACCCGUUUGGCGCCGGAAAACGGCAGUUGCCGACGGUGGCGGCCAUCGAGCAGGCGGCCCACAACCACCUGCGCUUCAAGGACAAAGCCCAGGACGAACAGGUUUUAAAGUUCGUCUGCAGGCUGUACCUGGAAGGGCUGACCAAAGUGCAGGCCGGGGAGUGGAAGCGGUGUCUGCAGAUCUGCGAGCACCUGCAACGGAACCUGGCGAAAACGUACGCGUCCAACAACUGGACGGUCACACUGGGCUGGUAUUCUUACAGCGUGUCAAAUGCGGACAAGCUAUCCUGUGCAAAAGCAUCAUGCUCGUACUAGUCGCAGCCAUGCAAGACAAAUAUCUUUUUCAAGCUAAAUCAGCAUGACAAGUUCCAUUUGUCGCACCGAGCUAAUUUGUAGGGCAAUACUACGAGUGCGAUACUUUUGAAAAGUACACAAGUACCUGCUCAUUGAUUGCGACACCCACCUGGGGACGGCGUUUCCCCGGAUCUUUGUGCUCCGCGGAACCGGGGACGUGGUGUUUCCGAAAUCCCCAAGGCUGUCCCCGAGGAUGAGCGGUACCGGGACUGUUACUGUCGGUGCUCCGUCGUAGCAGGACGUUUUUGCUGUACUGAGGUCGUGCGAGUAUUGAAAUGGAAAUUCAAAUAAAGCAGCGGCGCAAUUCAUCUCGAGCAGCGGAUCGCUCGGCAAAGCAGGAUCUUCUUGAGCAGACACAGACGAGGAAACUUUAACUUUACAUACUGUACUCAUUCCAGCAGGGUAGUUCUUUCUAAAUGCUAGAGCUUAGGGGCAUAGUCUAUCAUGGCUGGACAGCACUACUAGGGGUAUCUAACCUCUUCAGAUGACAAAUAAGCACGUGAAGACUAUUCAAACGCGACGACUACUUGCCGUACUACGUACAACUACUACUUCUUACUUACGCGACCCCGGACACAAAAGGCGAGGUAUAUGAAUUCUUGUGCACUAGUUUUCUUGUGCAAUCGAAAGUUUGAAAAUGAAAUAGAGAAAGACAAACUUAUGUGGACUACCUGGUCCUGGACCGCAAUUCUCAACUGCAAGCUGCUGAAACAGGCGUAUACUAGCGACACUCAGCCUGGACAUGCUCAGUUAUGAAAAAAAAAUGCGAACAGCAUAAACAACAAGUCAACCAGGAAUGUUUAGGUCUUCCGCGUUGUAUGUAGUGAGGUCACGAACGUUCUAUCCUAGCUGUUUUUUUGACACCUCACCUUCAAAACGAUCGGCAGUUUUCAAGCGGGCGGAAGUGUUUUUGGACAUAAAAGGUUUUCAAUUAUCAAGCGUCCGGGGCUUUAGCGGCAAAAUAGCCCGAGCGGAUUCUAUCGAUUCCCGCUUGAUAAAACGACGCAGGGGAGCCGGCAAAAGGGGCGCCCUUCUGAGGCGCCCACCGCCUUGGUUUCUGACGGUUUGGGGCGCCCAAAAGGGGGCGGCCAAAAAGCAGCAGUCCGAACAAAACAGC